GUACAGGCAAUCAGAGAGAGAGAGAGAGAGAAAGAGAGAGAGAGAGAGAGAGAGGGAGCAGGCAUCAUGGCAGCGCACACUGCAUCAUCACGACACAUGGGGAUGUUUGGCUGCUGCAAGUGAACAGUGUGCGAUGCAGAGGAGAGCGUGCUGGAAACCAAAGGCAGAGCUCUGAGGAAACAGGUGAACAGAUCCACAGCAUGAGUGGGAUCCUGAAAAGGAAGCUUGAGGAGGGCCCGUCCCCGUACCUGUCCCUGCAGGGCUCUGAGGACGAUGUUUCCUGCAGCGACAGCGGCAACAGCAGCGAUAGUCUCAACCAUCCAGUUCCCUCUGGACUGCUGGACUCCUCCUCUCUGCAGCAGCAGUCAAAGCGCCUGCGUGGGUGCAGCGUGCACUUUGAGAGCGUGACGGUGUACUACUUCACCCGGCGGCAAGGUUUCACCACCGUGCCCACACAGGGUGGUAGCACCCUGGGCAUGUCGCCACGGCACAGCUGGGUGAAGCGCUUCACCCUCAGAGAGUUUGCCAUGGAGCAGAAACGGAGCCACCACACCAUGCUGAAGGAUCAUCUGAAAGAGGAGAAACUCAAUGCCAUCAAACUCAAACUGACUAAGAAUGGCACCAUGGCAUCUGUGGAGGCAGAUACCCUGACACUUGAUGACAUUUCAGUGGACGACCUGGAUGUGGACAACACAGAGGUGGACGAUUAUUUCUUCCUGCAACCCCUAACGACCAGGCGGCGCCGUGCCCUUCUCCGUGCCUCUGGUGUCCGACGGAUCGACGUGGAAGAGAAGCACGAGCUGCGUGCUCUCCGCAUGUCUCGGGAGGAGUGUGGGUGCCGCUGCCGAGGGAUAUGCGACCCGGAGACCUGUGCAUGCAGCCUGGCCGGCAUUAAGUGCCAGGUAAAUGGAACUGUGGUCGACCGCAUGUCUUUCCCUUGCGGCUGCACCAAGGAAGGCUGCAGCAACACCACAGGACGCCUAGAGUUCAACCCCGUGCGGGUGCGCACCCAUUUUCUCCACACCAUCAUGAAGCUGGAGCUCGAGAAAAGCGGCGACCAGCAGCAGCAGCAGCAGCUGCUGCCACAGCAUCAGCAGCCAGAGCAGCAACUUGUAACCAAUGGCAACAGUUACCAUGGAGACUCCUCCUUGGUCCAGCAGCAGCCGAACCUGCAGUUUCCACUGAUGAGUGGCGCGGCGCAUAUUCCCAUCAUGCACCUCCAGAGCACAGGCGACACAGAUUCACAGCUAGAUGAGGAGGAGGAGGAGGAUGAGGAGGAUGACGACGACGACGACGAUGAAGAAGAGGAUGAUGAAGAGGAGGAGGAUGAAGCGUAUGAGGAUGAUGAGGACGAGGAGGGCAGCAGCAUGUGUAGCGGGGUCUCAGACUGCAGCACGCACAGUUUAGAAACAAUCGACACAGAUGAUGGGGAAGAGGAUGAGGGUGAUGAGGAUGAGGGUGAUGAGGAAGAGGAUGAUGACGAUGAGGAAGAGGAGGACUGGGAGUGCUCUGUGCAUGGAGCGACUCCUUCCUCAUACACGGUUCCUCUUCCAUCCGUGUUGAGUUACUCCAAUAACACACUCAUGAGCCUUGAUAGCCCCUUCGACAGCGGCCCAUCCAUGCAGCACUAUCAAAUAGACAGUUCUGCUUUUCUCUGCGAAAACGUUGCCGUCGCUUCGGCGGUGGAGCCGGCGUUAGAGUUCAAAAUCCCCAGUAAGCCACAAAACACUGAACUCUGCUGUCACAAGGAGCAGCAGAGCAUUACCUGCCACUUCCCCAACACCACAGAGCCGCUCACAUCCCAAACCUGCCCCUGUGCACCCCCUCGUGAGAGUAAUAUCGCCCCCAUCAGUCAAUCGGAUAAGCUGCAAUUCCGGAACAAUCUCGCCGACUCACAGACGGAGCAGCAAAAAAAGAAGGAACCCGAACAGUGCUCCUUGGAGUUGGCUGUGACAGAACAGGAAACAGACGCCUCGUGCUCAGAGAGUAAAGUCAAGUAAAGCUUUUCAGAGCAGGAUCAAGUAAAAAACAACAAAAAAAGUGACUUUCAAAGAGCAGCGUUUGCUUUAUUCUUGAUAAGUGCACUUCUGAAAUGAUUCGCACAGAGGAUCUCCCCCGCAAAUAAGAUCUCAGUUUCAACAAAACGAACAAUUAGACUGAUGCGUCUCAGUCUUUCUGUAAGUAAUAACUCUCAUAAAGCAUGUUUUACAGCUGGCACCUGUGAUGAAUCUGGAGGAUAUCGCAGUUGUUUCACUGUUUUUCUGUUGUGCUGGUGUAUCAUUGAUGCUGCUAAUAGUUGUUAAUGGCUGUGCGUAGAGCAUGUGUUCCGUUUAAGAUGCUUCAGUGCUGA